CCCAGGGUCAGCAGCCGGGGCCCAAUGAGAGGCAGGCCCAGGCGGCGACGCCCGGGCUGGUCUCCUCCCCCAGACGGUUUGUGCAAUGCAAGGCGGAGCUGCUGGUUUGCAGGCAGUCGCCGGCGCCUGGAGCACGGUAUAUUACAGCGGCCGGCUGCAACCUAUAGCCUAAGCCUGCCUCGUUUCCUGUCCCGGCAGCUGCCAGCACCAGCCGCUUUCCUCGGUCCCCCUACCGCCACAACUCCCCAUGGAGAAGGCUGAGGACGGGUCCCAGGGCUUCCUGCCGCCCUUCGAGCACUUCGCCACUCAGGCUAUCCACGUGGGGCAGGAGCCGGAACAAUGGACCUCCAUGGCCGUCGUGCCCCCCAUCUCUCUCUCCACCACCUUCAAGCAGCAGGCGCCCGGCCAGCACUGUGGUUUCGAAUAUAGCCGUAGUGGAAAUCCGACUCGAAAUUGCCUGGAAAAGGCUGUAGCUGCACUGGAUGGAGCCAAGUACUGUUUAGCUUAUGCUUCAGGCUUAGCAGCUACUAUGAAUAUUGCACAUUUGUUAAAGAUGGGAGACACUGUUAUCUGUAUGGAUGAUGUUUAUGGAGGUACAAACAGAUAUUUCAGGAAGGUAGCCUCCAGAAUGGGUUUGAAGAUUACUUUUGUUGACUGUAGCAAAUUGGAAUGCCUGGAGGCUGCAAUCACACCAGAUACAAAGCUUGUUUGGCUUGAAACUCCCACAAAUCCCACCCUGAAGGUCAUUGAUAUUCAAGGCUGUGCAGAUGUCAUCCAUAAACAUAAAGACAUUAUUUUAGUAGUGGACAACACCUUUAUGUCAGCAUAUUUCCAGCGUCCUUUGUCUCUUGGGGCAGAUAUUUGUAUGUAUUCAGCAACCAAAUACAUGAAUGGGCACAGUGACGUUGUAAUGGGAUUGGUUUCAGUAAAUUGUGAUGAUCUCUAUGAAAGGCUCAAAUUCUUACAAAAUGCCCUUGGAGCAGUUCCAUCUCCUUUUGACUGUUACCUUUGCAAUCGGGGUUUAAAGACACUGCAGAUCCGGAUGAAGCAGCAUUUCUACAAUGCACUGGCUGUUGCUCAGUACCUUGAAUCAAAUCCCCGGGUAGAAAAAGUCAUUUAUCCUGGACUGCCCUCACAUCCUCAGCAUGAGCUAAUGAAGCGUCAGUCCACUGGCUGUCCUGGGAUGGUCACCUUUUACAUUAAAGGAAAUCUUGAACAUUCUGAAAUCUUUCUCAAGAAUUUAAAGCUUUUCGCGCUGGCUGAGAGUCUGGGAGGAUAUGAAAGCCUAGCAGAACAUCCGGCCAUUAUGACUCAUGCCUCAGUUCCUGAAGAGGAGAGAGAGGUUCUUGGGAUCAAUGAUACUUUGAUUCGCCUGUCAAUUGGUUUGGAGGAUGCACAAGAUAUACUGGAAGAUCUGGAGCAAGCUUUGAAAGCAGCAGUCCCAGAGCAUAUGGUUCGCAACUAGGAAUCUUAAGACCUGAAAUUGGAAGCUGAUCACGACACAGCUAAGACACCCAGAGAAGAUUAAAUGAAAAGCCAAACCACUGAUAAGUUUCUUCGGAUUUGCCUUUAAAAGUGAAAGGCGAAAGAAGGGAGG